AUGGUUAAUCCUCAGAGCAAGAAACAGUCUUGGUAUCCAGCACCAAUGUUUGAUGACACACUGCCUACUAUCAAGAGCCUGACUAAAACUAAACACGAACCUGGAAAGCGAGGAAUACGAAGAUCCUCCAUGCUGAACAAAAUUUUUAUGAAACAAAUUACUGAUUUAAUGUCUACUGGUACAGUUGCCAUGAAUAUCGUCGGAAGAGGCAUUGAGAUUUCUAAAGCAAAUCUACAAAUUACUGAUUUGAUGUCUACUGGUACAGUUGCCAUGAAUAUCGUCGGAAGAGGCAUUGAGAUUUCUAAAGUGAAGGUGACCCCAGAUUUCCAAACAGUUAAUGUAUUUUGGGUUUGCAAAGGAACUGCAUCUGAUGAUGAAACUGAACUUGUUCUCCAAAAAGUAGCUGGUGCACUAAGACAUGAAUUAUCCACCCUAAGAAUUAUGGGAGAAAUACCAUACAUUGUUUUUGUUAAAGACAAGCAAGAAGCUCAGAUUGCAGACUUAAACAAUCGUUUAGCAGUAGCAGAUUAUGGCGAAGAUUAUGUGAUGACUGAGGAAGGGCAUCUACUAAAGUCUGAAUUUGUACUUAACACCAAGUUAUCACCUGAAGUUAAGGCUAAAAUUAAACAAUUGGAGGAUGAACUACCGGUAGACGAAGAACCUUUACCUGAAAUGAGUAAUAACGUAUUUGGUUUGGACCACACAAAGAUUAUGAACAGACUUUUGGCAGCCAGGAAGAAAACUUCCGAUGCCUGGAAUAACCUGGAUGCAAAUAGUGAUGUGAUUUCAUAUAGAGCUCCUGUUAAUGCGCUGCCUGAACCCUCGAUUAGCACCCAGACAAAGGAAUUGGCCGAUUUCCUGUUGCAGCGGCAGAUUCUCAAUAAGAAGAUAGCCCAACGAACAAAGAAUACUCGUGAUGAUUGGCAACUACAGGUUUCAUCCUUGCAUGAAGAUCCAGAUUAUAACCCUGAUGAGUACUACUACGAUGAUGUCGAUGACCUUGAUGAGGAGGAAGACGAGGAGUACUACCAUGGUGGUUACGAAUCCGAUGGACUAGAGGAGUUAGAGACGGCCACGCCGAAGGAAUGA